AUGUCCCACCAUGCAGUUCAAACCUUGCUCAUAGUGCCCAGUCUCCAGAUUUGCGCCAAAUUUUGUCCUGCAAAUAUGGCGGAAGGACAGGCUUUCGUUUGUCAGUGUUUUUUUACUCAUAACAUAUUCUUAAAGAACUAUGAAGCCCAUGUUGUGUUCGAAAGCGAAGAACAGUUACAGUGUGAUUAUCGCAGGGUAUGUAAAUAUUGAUCUUUUUGUCUUGUAACUGGUAAAGUUACGCUGUAACAUAUAAGCGUAAAGGUGUAAUUCUUUGAUUGUUAUUUGAAUACUUGUGUUUGACACAGGCACUUUGGGAUGGAGGCUGUAAAACUGAUGAACAGUGGAAAGAAUUACUGACAGAGGUGAUUCAAACAUAACUUUUAGCAACAGUUUCCCUUUGACUAGCGUAGCAGCUCUUGUAAACUUGUAAGUUCAUUUAUAGUCCACAAUAAAGGACAAAAGUGUUGAGACACUUCCACAAAAUGGCCCCUUUUUCGCAUAGUGGACAUAUCUAUCCCCUCCCCCUCCAUACUCCCACCCCCUCCUCACCCAAAUCAAUGUUGUGUUUUAAAACCCUCAAAUCUUUGUUCAACUACAAGCGAAACUUUGUGAGAGCAGUCACAUGAUCAGCACUGAAUGUUUCUUAUGAAUGCUUUCACUCAGAGGGUCAGGGUCAAAAGACAAACUUCACAUGUUACAAACCUUAUGCUAAUGAGUUAAAUCUUUUGUUUUUGCUCAUUAUCAUAAUUUAGGCUCCUAACACGUGAAGAUUGAUUUUUGACCAUGACCUUGACUUUCCAAGACAUUUUUUAACAAGGCUAUCUCACAGUAUAAGCUUGCAUGGCAGGCAUCUAUGAGCUGAGUAAGGCAAACAGCGCAUUUCGUGCAACACAUAAAACAAGUGUUUCCUUUUGUUUAGGUGAAAAAUGAAAUAGAGAGGAGAAGAAAUCUAGGCAGAGAAUCACAGAAGCGGAGAAAGCUAAUUGCUAAUAAAUAUAUACCACUACAUCCUCAUGUAUAUACUUUGAAGGUAAAUAUUGAGCAAGUAAGCUUAAAAAGUUACUUGCCCAGCAAGAAAAUCUGCUAAUCCUGGAUUACUGGAUGGGACUUUUUUUCAAGCUCUGAUAGCCUGUGAGCUAGUUCUCUGGGGUGCUCUGGAAGCAGGGCGGAAAAAGGAAGGAGAGCUUGCAACCACGUCUUUGGAAUUUGAAUUUCACCUCCAAUUCCCCCAUGGCUCCUUGCCGACUGAGCUGUCAGAUUUCUGCUAAUCACCGUUAAGCAGAAACAAGCACGAAUGAAAACAAACAUUGAAAAACAUGUGCCAAGGGUAAUGACAUCAUUACUAAUGUCAUCUCCGCCAAUCAGCAUUUCGCAUCGACUUUUUCGAUGCAGAUAUUCAAAUUCCAGAGACGUAGUUGCAAACCCUCCUUCCUUUUCCCACCCCAUCACCUGAGCACCCCGGAGAGCUUGCUCGCAGGCUAGAGCUCUGAUAGUGUUGGUUAAUUGGUUCCUAUAAAUAACAUAACUGCUCUACCAGAAAAAAGUAAAAACUUGGUUGUUGAUUGUGUCAUUUCCAAUCUACAUUAAUAACUGUUGCUGUUAGUUCUUGCAGUCUCUAUCUCACAUCUAACAGCCUUUUUCCCUCACAGCACUGUGUGCAUAUUUGUCUUUUGUUUAUCCCCAGAAGGCUAUGAGUUGUGGAUUUGAUGUAUUGAUAAUUAUUUUCUUUUUCAUCAUACAUUGAUAUUAUUUUUUGUGUGUGUCCCAUAUUUCCAUGGGAGGAUAGGGAUCCUAGGGGAGGGGGUAUGGCUUAACAUGGGUCAUAUAUAAGAGAAGACUUGUCACUGAGACUUCCAGGAACACAACUCCAUUUUUGGGUGCCUUCUUAUAGAGAAUAUGCCAUUUUUUCUGAACCUUAAGCUAAAUUUUCAACAAGUCAAAGGUUUUAUUGGUUUCAUAACCUUUUACAGUUUUUUUGAAUAAAAAAAUAUACUGAAAAACUGACUUGAGCAAUGAAGUACUAUUUUCUUUCAUUUCAGGAGUCAUUCCUCGCAGAAAGUUUUUUAGCCCUGGUUCAUUAUGCAAAGGAUGACCUGGAGGCUACAACUGCGGGGUUACUUUCCAUAGUAAAGCAGUGUGAUGGCAAGUAUGGCUUGAGUCUUUUUUCAAUCUAGAAGACCAGUGAUGUCAAUGAUAAUAAUAAUUACAAUAAUAAUGAUAAUAAUAAUAAUUGGUCCUUAUUCAUCAGAUAAAAUACAUAUCAGAUGUUACAUAGAAAUGUUAAGAAACAAGUGCAAAGUACAGUUGUAUCAAUUCCAAGCAAAGAAAAAAAGCUGCAAUAAUUAUUGUAAAAUCAAAUAUUUGCACAACUAGGUUAUACUUCAAAUUAAUCUAUUAAAAAAGCUAUCUAAUAUGUUUAUUCAGGUAAAUUAAAAUAUCCAUACAGCUAGGUCCUACUUAAAACUAAUCUGUUAAAAAAUAUAUUUUUGAAAAGUUCAGUAUUUACACUAAGUCUUACAAUGGAUCCAUUUCUAAGUCACCCUGAUAUGUCCUUGUAUGGGGAGAGAUUAUAAUUUAAUGAAUGGUCACAAUAUUUCAGUGUAAGAAACAGGUGGCAUCCACUUUUUUCCCAAUUACUCAUGGAUGUUAUAACCAACAGAUAUAUAGUGCCUGAUCUUGUGAUAUCUUGUUUAAAACUUUGCACAGCAGUAAGGUCUGAAACGCGAGGCUCAUAAACUGAAAAUCCGUACAUUAUUUUAGGCACAAUCGCAUUAAAAAGAAGGUCAAUUUCUCCUUGAGUAUAUCCUUCCUUUUCAUUGAGAACUAAAGUCAUGUUUUGCAUAUAUCCUUCAGCCAAGAAUGUCUUCGCCUUUCAAGUAUUUACUCCAGAAUUUUGUCAGGAGUUUAUUGAGGAAAUAAACCACUUUGAAAAUACAGAACUACCAAAGGGAAGACCAAACACAAUGAAUAACUAUGGGGUAUGUUGAUCCAUUUUUACCAUAUCUAUUAUUACUAUGAUAGUUCUGAGGUUUAGCAAGAGUGAGCCUCGCAGAAGGCAAUGUUUGUUUGACAAAAAAACAGCAUAGCUGUAAAUAGGUUGAAGUCAGUCAAAAUAUAGAGGAAAAAGCAUACCCCAUCCUCCACCCUCCCAGCUCUUCAUAGCAGGUGAAAUAUUCCGUGCCCAAGAGCUCCUCUGAAUGUCUUCAGGGCUAGGGUAAGUGCGAAAUUUGAACUCAGAUAUUAGAGCUUAAAAAAACAAAUUCAGUUUUUUUCUCUUUGCCUACAAUUUGAUGAUUGGAUGCUCUAAAAAGAAUAUAAAAAAUUAUCCAAGAGAGUGCUGUUGAUAAAAAGAUAAAGAAGCCCAGGUUAAAAUUUAACCCUGGCUUAACGCUAACCGGUGUUCGAACAACUGGGCUCAGGGCUGUAACUAUGCGAAAAUAUCGUCACCAAAGUUCCGUCUGAAAACAAAUUAAUUUAUAGCCAGCUAUCUUUACCAUGUGCAUUUUUUAAAGCACACAAAAUAUCCGAUAAUAUUUAUAUUUAUAAAAACUUUUGUUGCAAAAACAAGCAACAAUUUUGAAAAGGUGGUUGGAUGUUCCUCGAGAAGCAACCAAGAGAUUUCACAAUAAUGAGAAAAUAUUCCUUCCAAAACUUCUAAAAAUCCAAAACUGAGAUCCUCGUUUCUGCACUUUAGUAUUUAUUAAUUUUGAGUCAAUUAUUAAGCUAAAAGUGAAGGGUUUCUGGAAUAAAACUCUAAGUAAUUUCUGAUAAACUGAUAUAAUCUCAUUUUAAACUCAUGUUAUCAUGUAAAGAGAGAUUUUGAGUCAAGGGUCCUUAGGGGCAUUUUUCCAUGGACCUUUUAAAAAUAGUAUCUUUUGUUCAAUCUUCUCACUGAAAGGUCUGUAAGUUACAAAAUUAAUCAUAGUAACUUUAUUUGUAGUAAGGAUAUUUGUUAUGUCAAAGAGUUAAAGACUAAAAAUAUUAAAAAGAGUAGGGAUCAAGAUGGUAUGGCAUGGGAUUCUAAGUUCUGCUACAGGUUACCUCCAGCAGGGUGCAAAGAAAGUCUGUUUAACAACCUGCCAUUCGGGUAAGCUGUAGCUAGCAUGUACUAGCCCACAAGUCAUUUCAACUAGCCCCAAAACCCUUUUUGAUUAGCAGGAUUGAUUACAAUCUUUCUGUGAUUUGAAUUUCCCAAAAAAAACAGCACUUGCCCAUCAGGCAAGUAAAGAACAAAAAUCACUAGCCUGAUAGCAAAAUCCACUAGCCCAGGGUUAUCGGACAUGACUUUCCUUGCAUGCUGUCUGCGGUCAAAGAAUCUUUGGGUGUGUUCCUUUGGGAUGAUCCAAUGAACCGAUGAAUCCUUUCCAGACAAGGGUUCGUCAGUUCAUUUGAUCUACCAUGAUCCAAGUGAUAUCGGAUCACUGAUCCUGAUCUGAUUAAUCUUAAAGCAAUGCACCCUUUAUCUCCUGGGCUGGGCUGUUCAAAGCUGGGUUAAGAUAACCCACAGUUAGUGCGAAAUUUGAAUUCAGAUGUAAAAGCUAAAAAAUUAAAUUCAGUUUAAUUCUUUUUGUCAACAAGUUGAUCAUUGGAUGCUCUUAAAAACAACAGAUAAAAUUAUCCGAGAAAAUGCUUUUGAACAAAAUAAAAAGAAACCGGGCUUAAAUUUAACCCUGGAUUUAAUGCCAAUCGGCCUUCAAACAACUGGGCCCUGUUAUUACUUCAGGUGGACACAAGAAACUUCAAACUGUAGCAUAGCAACUGUCCUGGCUGCCUCUACAUUAACUUGAUCAUUAUCGUUAUUUUCUCUAUUGAAGAUGUUGUAUAUGUUGUGAGUGAGGAUGGGGGAUCAGGGAAUUCCCAGAAUGCUGUUAUUUAUUCAUUAAUCUUUUACCACAUAUUAAAAUUGCCAUACAAAAUUUCAAAUUGAUGAAGCAACAAAGCCCAUGUAGGUCAAUAUGGCUUAUAAAAGGGACUACCUUUAAAAAUAUACAUGACUAAAUUAUGAAAUAAAUACUGAUAUCGUAACAUAGAAAAUGAUGAGCAAUAAUAGGAUGAAAAUGUACAAAAGUGAAAAAGAGGAGAAAAGCAAAAGAAGCUUAGAUUCUAUUAUGUUCAAUCUUAGAUCUUACUCAACGAGCUUGGCUUUGAUGAGGGAUUCUUCUCACCUCUACGAACCAAUUACCUGAUGCCUAUCACCAGAUUAUUGUUUCCUGAAUAUGGAGGGGAUUCCUUGGAUUCACACAAGGCAUUCACUGUACAUUACAAGAUAGGAGAAGAUCUGCACCUUAGUUAUCAUUAUGAUAAUGCUGAAGUCACAUUAAAUGUGUCACUUGGAAAGGAGUUUAUUGGUGGGGAACUUUUUUUCGGGGAUAUGAGGCAGGUAAAUAUAUUUUAAAAAAAUCACGUUAAUUUGAUGCAUCUUUUAAUUAAAAUUUACGUCGAUGUUAACUAUUUUACAUCAUUGUUGUUUUACAGCAAAAUGGACGUAAAAUAAAGUUAGGCGCAUAUUGUUUUGAAAAUUUCGCGUUAAUUUGAUGUAUGUAAACCCAACUUUUGGAAAAGUCGCGGUUAAUUUUGUGUAACGUAAAUUUUCUUCGAACUGUCAACGUGCUUCGUUACUUUCCUAUAAUAAGGUAAUACUCUUUCCUGAUGUUCACACUGUUUCUAGUUUGCUGAGGUUUAACAUCCAGAGCUUCUUCAGCACUUCACAAAUUGAAACACUUUUAAUUUUUCACCUUUUUCAUGAAUUUAGGUUCCCUUGAAAGAAACAGAAUGCACCCAGUGUGAACAUAAACCAACCUAUGGCCUUCUUCAUCGAGGACAGCACAUGCAUGGUGCCUUACCAAUUCAGAGCGGGGAAAGAAUCAAUUUAAUCAUAUGGAUGCGCUCUUCUGCAGUGCGCAACAAGCUGUGUCCAAUGUGCAACAGGAUACCCAGGCUGGUGCCAUCUUUUGGAGGAUCUGGUGACGGGUAUACUGUUAACCCUGUGUCAGUCUGUGCUGCUCUGUAA